CUUGGGUUGGAAAUAGGCUUUUGGUCUAUUUAAAAUAUGUAAGUCGUAGGAAAAGACAAUUUAUGAAGCCUUGAUUUUCAAACCUGCCCUGUAAUUGGUCAUCCCUACCAUUUUAUUGAAAAUCUGUUUUGUUCAAUUAGGUUUAAUAUCUUUGUAUAAGUUGUGAACGACUACCAAUGACAGCGAGAGCAUCAAUGGCAUCUCUUUGGAUCGAUUAGGAAUCCGACCCUGAUCUCUAUCAGUUAGACUAGUUAUUCACAAGAACAUACAAAAGAGAAAAUUGAAAAAAUGAGCCGUCUACACGUUCUGAUUAUACCUUUUCCUGCACAAGGCCAUGUAAUUCCUUUACUCGAGCUUUCCUUGUGCUUGGUUCAACAUGGCUUCAAAAUCACCUUUGUCAACACAGAACAUACUCACAACCGGGUCAUCAACGCUUUACACGGAAUGUCUAUAGGGGAUGGAAUCCGUCUGGUGUCGAUUCCAGAUGGAAUGGAACCCGGGGAGGAUAGGAAUGAUAUAGGGAAGUUAUGUGCACACAUGCCGAAGGUGAUGCCUGGGAAGCUGGAAGAACUCAUUGAAGAGAUCAAUAGAGUGGAAGAAGAAAAGCUUGCUUGUGUCAUUGUUGAUGGGAGUGUUGGCUUUGCUCUUGAAGUUGCGGAGAAGAUGAAAGUUAAGAAGGCUGCCUUUUGGCCUGCCUCAGUAGCUAUUCUUGCCUUCUUUUACAGUAUUCCAAAGAUGGUUGAGGAUGGAGUCAUUGAUACUGAUGGAACUCCAGUCAAGAAACAGAUGAUUCAGCUGGCACAUGAUAUACCGGAAGUCGACAGCACAAACUUCGUUUGGUACAAUAUUGGAGGCGGCUUAUCCCAAAAAACACUCUUUGACUAUAUAUGCAAGAACAUUGAAGCUGUGAAAGUGACAGAAACCCUUAUCGGCAACUCAACCUAUGACUUUGAGCCUGAAGCAUUCAACAUGGUUCCAAAUAUGCUUCCAAUAGGACCUCUUUUGGCGAGCAAUCGACAAGGGAAUUCAGUAGGGCACUUCUGGCAAGAAGACUCAGCUUGCUUGGAAUGGUUGGAUCAACAGCAGCCUAACUCAGUCAUUUAUGUUGCAUUUGGCAGCUUUACAAUUAUAGACAAGAUCCAAUUCCAAGAGCUCGCACUUGGACUCGAACUCACCAACAAGCCAUUUUUGUGGGUUGUGAGGCCAGACGUUACUGAUGAUGCCAACGAAGCCUUCCCAGAAGGGUUUCAAGAAAGAGUAGCCAACCGUGGGAAAAUGGUGGGUUGGGCACCGCAACAGAAGGUUCUGAGACACCCUUCCAUUACCUGCUUCUUUAGCCAUUGUGGUUGGAAUUCCACCUUGGAAGGUUUAAGCAAUGGACUUCCUUUCUUGUGCUGGCCAUACUUUGCAGACCAGUUCGUGGAUGAGAGCUACAUUUGUGAUAUUUGGCUGGUGGGACUGAGGUUUAAAAGAGACGAAAAUGGUAUCAUUACACGAGAAGAAAUUAAAACUAAGGUAUCUCAUCUUCUUGGUGAUGAAAACUAUAAAGCAAGAGCUUUGAAACUGAGGAAAGCUGCCAUAGAAACUGUUAAAGAAGGUGGUGAGUCGAACAAGUGUUUCAACAAAUUCAUUGAAUGGAUGAAGGCACAGGAACCCAUCACCAGUCGCAAGUAAUGAUGGAUCAUAAUUAAGGAAAAUAAAACAUGUAGUCUGGAUUAUAACUUCAUCGUGUAUUUCUCUUUUAUCAUAUAUAUUUGAAGCCACUAGUUUAUAAUGUA